ACCGGCGAAGCCCCGACGCUCAUGUGUUCCAAGUUGUCAAACAACUCCCGAUCAAAAUAAGAAAAAAGAAAAACUGAGAUAGCCGUGGAGAGUUUCUCUUCCACACGAUAAGGUUGCCAUGCUCUAAUGCUGUACUCUAGUCUCAGCCUCUUGACAUCGAUUAUAUUGAGAACUUCAUUGCAACCAGAGAGUUUAGGCGGCCAUGGCGCCGAGAUCGUUGAUUCUUCAUCGCUUGAAUUCUUACUUCUCAGCUCAAAUCCGAAGGAACCAUAGACUUCUUAGCUCUGCUUCUUCUUCUGCCCUUCACGAAGCCCCUUCUUCUUCUCCAUCUACGUCUCCCGAUGCUGUUCACAUGACUGAAAAUUGUGUUCAACGAGUGAAAGAACUACAUUCUAGUGAAGCAUCGUCAGGGGAGAAAAUGCUUCGCUUGAGUGUAGAAAACGGUGGCUGUUCUGGCUUCCAAUAUGUUUUUGAUCUCGAUGAGAAAACCAACCCAGAUGACAGGGUCUUUGAGAAGGAAGGAGUCAAAUUGAUUGUGGACAAUAUUUCAUAUGAUUUUGUAAAAGGGGCAACCGUUGAUUAUGUUGAGGAGCUUAUUCGUUCUGCUUUUGUGGUGUCUACAAAUCCAAGUGCAGUAGGAGGCUGCAGUUGUAAAAGCUCAUUUAUGGUGAAACAAUAGUUCUUCAAGUACUGACUAUGAUCUCUCUGUAUCAAGUCAACUAGAUUCAGCUCGGAAUAGAUAAUACAACCAUUUAUUUGACAUGAUUUUUUCAAAUAAAAUUACAGCACACAAGGGCCAUGCCUACUGUUGUACAAUAUUAUUGAUGUUACGAGCGGCUUGUAUCGUACCAAUAACCUAAUAGGCUAUUUGAGAUAUAUUUGUAUGUUUUUACUUUUAUAAUCUACUGUUGGUCGUUCGACAAGGCAUCUUGUACUACUCUAGCCUUGGGAAUUCUGUAGGACCGCCCAUAUUUUACUACGUGGGCUCAUACGAUACGAAAUGAAAUGAACUUGGUUCCUAGUUCCUACUA